CCUCGCUCCUCCCGAAAGGGGGCUUCUGGCCCUGAGGACGAGACGGUGGUGUCCCCCGAACUUCAUUUACAGGGAACCGGUGGGUAGGAAGAGCGAGCGAGCGCGAGCUAUGGACCCUGUGAGCCAGCUGGCCUCAGCAGGCACCUUCCGGGCGCUGAAGGAGCCCCUUGCCUUCCUGCGAGCCCUGGAAUUGCUUUUUGCAAUCUUUGCAUUUGCAACAUGCGGUGGCUAUUCUGGAGCCCUGCGGCUGAGUGUGGACUGCGUCAACAAGACCGAAAGUAACCUCAGCAUUGACAUAGCGUUCGCCUACCCGUUCAGGUUGCACCAGGUGACAUUCGAGGUGCCCACCUGCGAGGGGAAGGAGCGGCAGAAGCUGGCACUGAUUGGCGACUCCUCAUCUUCAGCAGAGUUCUUUGUCACCGUCGCCGUCUUCGCCUUCCUCUACUCCUUGGCCGCCACUGUCGUUUACAUUUUCUUCCAGAACAAGUAUCGGGAAAACAACCGGGGUCCACUCAUUGACUUCAUCGUCACCGUAGUCUUUUCGUUCUUGUGGUUGGUGGGUUCAUCAGCUUGGGCGAAAGGACUGUCUGAUGUCAAGGUUGCAACAGAUCCCAAGGAAGUGUUGUUACUGAUGUCAGCUUGCAAACAGCCGUCCAACAAAUGCAUGGCGGUUCACAGCCCUGUGAUGUCCAGCUUAAACACUUCAGUGGUCUUUGGAUUCUUGAAUUUUAUCCUCUGGGCUGGAAACAUCUGGUUUGUUUUCAAGGAGACCGGCUGGCACUCUUCAGGACAGAGAUAUCUUUCAGACUCGAUGGAGAAGCACUCAAGCAGCUAUAACCAAGGCGGCUACAACCAAGAGAGCUAUGGGUCGAGCGGUGGGUACAACCAGCAGGCGAGUUUGGGGCCGUCUUCAGAUGAGUUUGGCCAACAGCCCAGUGGCCCUGCCUCCUUUACCAAUCAGAUUUAA